UAGAAUCAUAAUCACUGGUUUUGCUCGCCCAGGUUCAAGUGUCGUCUACGCUGCAUCAAUGGAGCACAUUCAGGGGGCCUGGAGGACGAUCAGCAAUGGCUUUGGACUCAAAGACGCCGUGUUCGACGGCUCCAGCUGCAUCUCCCCCACCAUAGGCCAGCAGUUCGGCUACCAGCGCCGGGCGUCGGACGACGGCAAGCUCACAGACUCUUCCAAGGCCAGCAGCACUAUCCGGGUUUUCUUGCCGAACAAGCAGAGAACAGUGGUCAACGUGCGGAAUGGCAUGAGCUUGCACGACUGCCUCCUGAAGGCGCUCAAGGUCAGAGGCCUGCAGCCCGAGUGCUGCGCCGUGUUCCGACUUCUCCAGGAACACAAAGGUAAAAAAGCACGUUUAGAUUGGAAUACGGACGCCGCCUCCUUGAUCGGAGAGGAGCUGCAGGUGGACUUCCUGGACCACGUGCCCCUCACCACACACAACUUUGCUCGGAAGACGUUCCUGAAGCUUGCCUUCUGUGACAUCUGUCAGAAGUUCCUGUUAAACGGAUUUCGGUGUCAGACUUGUGGCUACAAAUUCCACGAGCACUGUAGCACCAAAGUCCCCACCAUGUGUGUGGACUGGAGCAACAUCCGGCAGCUCCUGUUGUUUCCAAAUUCCACCAUUGGCGAGAGCGGGGCCCCGGCGCUGCCCUCCUUGACGAUGCGUCGGAUGCGAGAGUCUGUUUCCCGGAUCCCUGUCAGUUCCCAGCACAGAUACUCCACGCCCCACGCCUUCACCUUCAACACCGCCAGCCCCGCCUCCGAGGGCUCCCUGUCCCAGAGGCAGAGAUCGACAUCCACACCGAAUGUCCACAUGGUCAGCACCACCCUGCCCGUGGACAGCAGGAUGAUUGAGAAUAACAGCCUGAAUGCUUCUCCCAGGGCGUGGUCCAGACGAUUUUGUUUGAGGGGAAGAGAUGCCAUUCGAAGUCACAGCGAAUCAGCCUCGCCCUCGGCCCCGUCCGGCAGCCCCAACAACCUGAGCCCCACAGGCUGGUCCCAGCCCAAGACCCCGGUGCCGGCACAGAGAGAGCGGGCUCCAGGAUCUGGGACCCAGGAGAAAAACAAGAUUAGGCCACGGGGACAGAGAGAUUCAAGCUAUUACUGGGAAAUCGAAGCCAGCGAGGUCAUGCUCUCCACCCGCAUUGGCUCGGGCUCCUUUGGAACCGUGUAUAAGGGCAAGUGGCACGGAGACGUUGCAGUGAAGAUCCUGAAGGUUGUGAACCCAACCCCAGAGCAGUUCCAGGCCUUCAGAAACGAGGUGGCUGUCCUGCGCAAAACGCGACACGUCAACAUCCUGCUCUUCAUGGGAUACAUGACAAAGGACAACCUGGCCAUCGUGACCCAGUGGUGUGAGGGCAGCAGCCUCUACAAACAUCUGCAUGUCCAGGAGACCAAGUUCCAGAUGUUCCAGCUGAUCGACAUCGCCCGGCAGACGGCGCAGGGGAUGGACUACUUGCACGCCAAGAACAUCAUCCACAGAGACAUGAAGUCCAACAACAUAUUUCUCCACGAAGGCUUAACAGUGAAAAUUGGAGAUUUUGGUUUGGCGACAGUGAAGUCCCGCUGGAGUGGCUCUCAGCAGGUGGAGCAGCCCACGGGCUCCGUGCUGUGGAUGGCCCCGGAGGUGAUCCGGAUGCAGGACAACAACCCCUUCAGCUUCCAGUCCGACGUCUACUCCUACGGCAUCGUGCUGUACGAGCUGAUGACUGGGGAGCUGCCCUACUCCCACAUCAACAACCGCGAUCAGAUCAUCUUCAUGGUGGGCCGAGGCUACGCCUCCCCCGACCUCAGCAAGCUCUACAAGAACUGCCCCAAGGCCAUGAAGAGGCUGGUGGCCGACUGCGUGAAGAAAGUGAAGGAGGAGAGGCCUCUCUUUCCCCAGAUCCUGUCUUCCAUCGAGCUGCUCCAACACUCCCUCCCCAAAAUCAACCGGAGCGCUUCUGAGCCAUCCCUGCACCGGGCAGCGCACACCGAGGAUAUCAACGCCUGCACGCUGACCACGUCCCCCAGGCUGCCUGUCUUCUAGUGGACUUUGCACCUGCGCUCAGCCCGGGGAGGAAGGGAAGGCAGCGGCAGUACCUUCCUGUCCCUUGCUCCUGGGGCAGAGUGUGUUUUCUGAGAAGCUGCUGCUAAGGACCUCCUAGAGACGCACAGGCCUUAACUUCACAUUGCCUUCUUUUCUAGCCUUUCUGGCCCGUCCUCCUCCCGUCUCCAGCAUGCACAGGGGAUGCUGACGGCCCUGCAAGAUAGUGUUAGGGCAAAAAGAAGUGGAUGUCAAGGUUGUGAGCGGACUGGCCCCGCUGUAGGGACAUGGGGGUUUGGAAACCAGCUUCUUUUGAGAGACAGCGGUGCAGCGCCAACAGUUUUGCACAUAACUCACCAAACAAUCCAGGACUGCGGAGAUGCGCCUGCUCUAUCUCGUACCACGGGACUUGCCUGUCACAGCCCGAGAUGUCCAGUGCACACGGUGGCUUUCCAGGCACGGUGCUCUGCCCUCCUGUCCUGGUCCUUGGGAGCAGCCUCCCGUCAUGCUGAAUUCGUCUUCCAGGGGCGGCCCCUAUGGGGCGGGCCGCAGGGCCAGCCCCGUCUCUAGUCACAUAAUUGUGGAUGCAAGGAAGCCAGGAAUACAGGUUUUCUUGAUUUGGGUUUUAAUUUUGUUUUUAUUGCGCCUGACAAGAUACAGUUAUGAUGAUUCCUCGAUUAUGUUAUUUUAAUAAAAUAAAUUAAAUUUAGGUUUAA